AUGCCUGCUGCGUUGCAGGAACAUCACCGAGCCCUCAUCUACAAACCCUCACGGCAUCAGCCUCUCAUCAAUGAACCCGGGGUCACCGUCACAAUGUCCGACGACGAGAAAGUCAAGCUGGAGCCAAUGAAUUUCUACGAUAGACCAAACAAGAAAAAAUCCUUGACAGCGAUCUUGGACAUUCUAAGCAAUACCAAUAGCGAUGCGGCAUGGAAGAACCUACCCUCGUUCCUCACCGGGAUGCAGCUGGCCAAAGAGAGAAUUCCUGCCCAAUUCUACGAAAAAAUAACAAGAAAAGCGAGCGAGAUGGGCAAAGAGCGCAUCAUCGUCCUUUGCGCGGAAAGAGCACAUGAGACGGGCUUGAGAUUAUCUAAAAAGGGAGUAGCAAAGGAGUUGAUGCUAGGAUUCCACACCCGUGCUGCUCUUGCGGACUUCAAGGGCGGAGAGCUAGAAGCAGCGUCGCGGCGUGCUGAAAAAGUGGUGCGAAUGCUCGAAGAUGAGCUGUACGCCACUGAGAAACUUAAAGAGGACGAGGUCGACGCUAGAAGGUCGCCUUUGGUUGCGAGUGUGUUGACCGAGCUUGUUGCGGCGAAGACAGUGAACGGGUCGGAGUCCGAUGCGGAAAAGGUUGCAAGCUAUGCACUGAAGAUGCUUCAUCUCGCAAAAGAGUCUCAAGUCAACUCAGCCAAACCGCCGCCCGGGGCAAGCAAGAUUGAGAUUCGCGCUUUGGAGAACAACGUGCUCGAGGGUCUCUUGCCAAUGCAGAAUGCGAUCAAGCUGGCCUUGGAGCUCGACUCGGUGAAAAAGGCUCCACUGGGGAAGCAACUUGCGGCGCGUUUGAAGAAGGUGACCAACACCAUCGAGGAGAGCGUGAAGAUACUCCGUGAGAAUGCGGAUGGCCAACCUCGACGGGGGCUCGAGAUGUAUGAUCAGCUCCACGGGACGCAGUAUAACGAGGUUGCAGCUGCAGAGCCCGGCAAGGACGAAGCGUAA